ACAAAAAUUGCAUUUCAUUGUAAAUUUUAAAGUAGAGCCAUUUAUUUUGAUUUAAAAUUAAUUACACAAAUGGAAACCUGUGCAGUCUUAACACCACAACAAAAGGAAGCCGGCGAUGUUGCCAGAGUGCAACCUGCUGCCCCUGAACCCUUCACCUCGCAUGUGGCACAUCUGGAUACGGGAGUUGUACAAUGCACGUUGCGCGUCCUCAAGAUGAACGGCAGCACAAUGCUCUUCCUGCAUGGCAAGGAAACGAAUCGCUUGGACGAGCUCGCUGUGGCAAUGCCGACACGUCCGCCCAGCAAGGAUGUUGUAGCCACCACGUUUAUGGGUGACCAUGGUCAAAGCGAUUCCCUGGUCAUGGCCAGUAAGCUGAGCGCCCGCUACAGACGCCAGUUCUACGUCAGUAUGAAUCUACAGUUGGACAACAUAACGCGACCGGUCUUUGAAAAGACGCUGGUCGACUACAUGAAGGAGCAUCUAAACCAGUUUGUGUGAGGCGAAGACUGAGACUGUGUUCCAUUAAAAUGUAGAUAUAUUUAUAAUUGUGAUUAAAAGCAGACUAAACCCCUUUGUA